GAAAAAAAAUGCAGCGUUUCGACGGACUUGCCUUUUCUCUUGCUUUGCUUCUUCUUGUCCCGUUUCUGCUUCAUUUCUAAACUCAAGCUCCGGGUUUAGAACUAACCUGGUCUUCUGAGAUUCUCCUACUCCUUUAGCUGCCAUGUCGUUCAGAGGACUGAGUGGGGUAUUUCUUUCUUUUUCUCUGGCUCUGUUUAUAGAGCUGUUGUUGAUGUAUGAUUAGUUCUUCCAGAUUGGUUGAUUUCAUGGGUUUUCCUUUUUCUGUUUGUUUCCUCUGUGAGAUUUUGAUGGUAGAUCCUAUGGGGUUAGUUGCUUAGCUAUUCAAUUGAUAUGAAUUCGCGUCGGUAAACAGAAACUAGCCUGUUAAUUGGUCAAAAUUGUUUUCCAGGAAUUACUGUUUGGUGCAAGAAAUUAGCUAAAUUUAUAUUUCUCAAAUAAUUAAGGUGAAUCUUUUUCCCUUCUAAAUAGACAUGGAAAACAAAAUGAAAUGGGUUUCUAUUUUGCUUCUCUUUUUAUGAGCUGCUUAAGUAAUUUGUGUAUACGGAGGUUCUUGUAAUAUGAAUAUCUGCCCUUGAGCGGUUGAGCUUGCUGCAGGUUCUUAAGAUUCCAGAUUCUUCAAUAAGUUGUCUUGUGCAGAUGACCCAAAUAAAAAUUGGAUUUCAUCAAUGUCCCAUGCGGGUAUUUAUGAUUGUUGAUUUUAAAGAUAAUUACUUUGAAAAAUUGAACUGUAAGUUCGAGGUAGCAUGUGAAACAAUUUGUUAUAACAAUCUCUUGCACAAUAAGGAAAUUGCAGUUAGCCUGAAUUGAUUUUAAGUGUUGAAAUGAAUGAAUUUAUUAUGUAAUCUACUACCUUCAUUCCCAGCAAAAUACUAUGUCUGGGAUGGAUGUCCCAGAACAUAGCAAAGACACAUUUUUUGAACUGCAGAGGAAGGAGGUUUACCGCUAUGUGAUUUUUAAGAUUGAUGAGAAGAAAAAGGAGGUUGUGGUGGAGAUGACUGGAGGCCCUGCUGAGAGCUAUCAUGAUUUUAUGACAGUUUUGCCUGAGAAUGAUUGCCGAUAUGCUGUAUACGACUUUGAUUUUGUGACCUCUGAGAAUUGUCAAAAGAGCAAGAUAUUCUUUAUUGCGUGGUUAGUUUUUUCCCUCA